AUGAACUUGACCCUGAACCAAACAGGCCAGCGCCAUUGCAAGGAGCUUGUGCAAACCGUUAAAAAGGCACGUGAUUCAGAAACACUCAUGUCCCCUCUACAGACACUUGAGAAUGACAAAACUAUACUAAUUACCAAACCAGAUAAAGGACGAGGCGUUGUCAUUUUAAACAAGUGUGACUAUAAACAAAAGAUCAUGAACAUUCUCAGUGACCAUACAAAAUUCAAACGAAUCACUACUGAGGUAUCAACUCACCUAUUAUACCUAGAAGACAAGCUAAAAAGACUUCUCCGUACCAUCAAAGCAUCCAUCAAUGAAAAUAUUUACAAUUUUCUUAUGACUUCUGGCUCCAGACCUGGCCUACUCUAUGGACUCCCCAAAGUUCAUAAACCUAACAUUCCUCUAAGACCCAUUAUUUCUUCAAUUGGUACUUUUAACUACAACACUGCAAAAUUUCUGGUUCCUAUCAUAUCCCCUCUCACCACCAAUCAGUACACAGUUGAAAAUUCUACCACCUUUGUAAAUGAAAUUAUAUCCCUUAAACUUCAAUAA